CUGCUCCUGCACCAAAGACAGUGCCUUCUGUGUGGAUACCAAGGCUAUCCCCAAGAGCUUUCCCCCUGGGAUCAUCUCUCUUUACACCACGGUGAUCUUUUCCAAACAACAGUGAACCGUGUCUCUGAAAAUGCCAUUAUCAAGAGAGCAAGAUGGUGUUUGUGCUCCUCAAGAACGUGUGUCUGAUUAUAAAGAGACUUAAGAGAAAGAAAGAAGCAGGUUCACCAUGGCCUGUGUGUUUUGAUGGACAGGGCUAGGUCAGCCACGAAAUACGACAAAUGGGCACUUUGUGUCCCUGUGCCUCAGUCUCUCCUCAUCCUUGGACAGAAGUCAGGGGGGGCUGGCAGAAAUUAGACUACAUUGAUUGGAGUAGAGCAAUGGGACGUGCCUUAACCCUCCUGGGAGAGACACUUACAACAGAUUCACAUCUCACAGCAAAAGACAUGCAUGUCCUCCAAGGGAUAGUAACCUUACAAAGGUUAGAUAAAUAGUGCGCAGUAAUUGGAAUGACAAUAAUGUAAUAGAUUCUGCAGCAUAGGACUCCGUAUGGUUACAUUUUAGUUAUAUGUUUACCUUGAUUUUAGUUUAUAUUGACUCAAUGUAUUAUCUUUCUGAAAUUGAACAUAAUGUUCUUGUAUUUUAAGAGCUUGGGGAAUUGAAGAGCACAAGCACUACAAGGUGGAGGACAAUGGUGAAUGCAGCCUUCACUACAAUCCCAGAGGGAGCCUUCUCCCACCUGCACCUGCUGCAGUUCCUUCUUCUGAACUCCAAUACCUUCACUGUGGUGGCUGAUGAUGCCUUUGCAGGUCUGUCACACCUGCAAUACCUAUUUGUAGAGAACAAUGAUGUCCAAGCCCUGUCAAAGCAUACCUUCAGAGGGCUUAAAUCCUUGACUCACCUUUCUCUGUCAAAUAAUAACCUGCAGUUCCUUCCACGAGAACUCUUCAAAUAUCUUGAUAUUUUGACAGACUUAGACCUGCGGGGUAACUCGUUCCGCUGUGACUGUAAAAUCAAGUGGCUGGUGGACUGGAUGGAGAAGACCAACACCUCUGUCCCUGCCAUCUACUGUGCCAGCCCAUUUGAGUUCCAAGGCCGCAGAAUCCAUGAUCUCACCCCACGAGACUUCAACUGUAUCAGCGCAGACUUUGCAGUUUAUGAGACUUUUCCCUUCCAGUCUGUGUCAGUGGAGACCUAUGAAUUCAACAACAAUCAGUUUGUGGCCUUCGCCCAGCCUGAUACUGGGUUCUGUACACUGUUUGUAUGGGAUCAUGUGGAAAUGGUCUUCCGGAGGUACCAUAAUAUAACAGCUCGCUCCGCUGUCUACUGCAAGCCUGUGGUCAUAAACAACACUCUUUACAUGGUUGUGGCUCAACUUUUUGGAGGAUCCCACAUCUACAAGUGGGAAGAGGACCCACAGCGAUUUGUGAAGAUCCAGGACAUUGACACCACACGUGUGAGGAAACCCAACUUUGUUGAGACCUUCCAGCUGGAUGAUGAGUGGUACUUUGCCGUGGCAGACAGUUCCAAGGCAGGCUCUACGAGCAUAUACCGCUGGAACAGCAACGGUUUCUACUCCCACCAAUCCCUUCAUCCCUGGCAUCGUGACACCCAUGUGGAGUUCCUAGAUGUGGAAGGGAAGCAGCGUCUCAUUCUCUCCAGUGCCUCCCAGCCCCCAGUGGUUUACCAGUGGAACCGCAGCCUGCACCAGUUUGCCUUUCAUUCCCAAAUCACGGAGACUUUCGACGUGCAGAUGGUCAAGCAUUUCUGGGUGCGCAACGUUCUCUACCUUUGCCUUACACGCUUCAUUGGUGACUCCAAGAUUCUCAGAUGGGAAGGGCAGCGCUAUGUUGAGAUUCAGACCCUGCCCUCACGUGGCUCCAUGGCUGUGUAUCCAUUCACUGUGGGUCCCCGUCAGUAUCUUCUCCUAGGGAGUGAUUUCUCCUUCUCUCGAGUUUACCUGUGGGAUGACCUCACCCAGCACUUCCAGCCCUUCCAGGAGCUCAACAUGAGAGCACCCCGGGCCUUCAGCUUGGUGUCAGUGGACAACAAAGACAUGCUGCUGGCAGCCAGCUUUAAAGGCAACACCCUAGCCUACCAGCACCUAAUAGUGGAUCUCAGUGCCAAAUAGACCAAUCCAGCCGAAUCUACAGUAUGAGACCAUUCAUUAGCUGUGCUGUUCUUGUGGAGAAGCCAUCUAAGCCAUGCAACUAAAUGCCUGUUAAAUUGGCAAAACAAAAUGUAAUAGUACUAAUGAACAGGAAAUGCAUGAUAUCUUCUGAUGUGUCUGAUUGAAUGAAUUAAAAUAAAGGUUAAAUAAAAUUUUAAAAAAUGAAUUAAAACCGGAUGUGUAAUGACAGAACAUAUCACCAUAAGUAAUACAUAGUACAUCACUAUGCAACAUCACUACUUACCUGACCUACCAUUCAUUUAUGCUCUGUGGGAAAUAUAAUUGGAGGUUCCAUUGCAGAUAUAGUACCAUUCAUUUAUGCUCUGUGGGAAAUAUAAGUAACAUCAGAUUAUGUGAAAAGCAUGUGCAUCUACUGAACUUUUCUAUUGGAUGUUAUAAAAUCCUUUAAUUCAUGAAUAUCAAUAAAGUAAAAUAACUGUUCACAUCAAAUAGUUGGACAUUCUAUGAAAUGAUAGUUAAGAUAUUUUGUUCAAAGCAAUACUGUAAUCUGCAUGCCUCAGAUGUUCUCUUUACAGUAGAUCAUCUUUUAUAAAAUUAUUCUGUAUACAUUUUAUAUUGCAUCAAGGUUUGCAUCAAGGUAAUAAUAGCAAUACGUGUUAAUAAGUUUUGCUCUAUAUUGAUCCUGAAUGAUACCAAUAUAUUUUUGUUUAAUUACAAUGCAUGUGCACAUGUACAGAUUUCCCUAAAUAAAUGUUUGGUUAACUGAAUAGGACUGGAAGGUUGUCAAGCUCCUGUCAUCACCGUGUGUGUGUAUGUGUAUGUAUAUAUAUAUAUAUAUAUAUACAUACACACAGUCACAAGUUUGGACACACCUACUUAUUCCAUGGUUUUUCUUUAUUUUUACUAUUUUCUACAUUGUAGAAUAAUAGUGAAGACAUCACAACUAUGAAAUUGCACAUAUGGAAUCAUGUAGUAACCAAAAAUUGUUCAACAAAUGAAAAUAUAUUUGAGAUUCUUCAAAGUAGCCACCCUUUGUCUUGAUGACAGCACACUCUUGGCAUUCAACUGUAUAUAUUUUUUAAAUAUCUACAAGUCUGUUUUUGCUUUGUCAUUAUGGAGUAUUGGGUGUAGAUUGAUGGUGGGGGGGACAAUUGAAUCCAUUUGAGUAAGGCUGGAACGUAACAAUGUGGAAAAAGUCAAGGGGUCUGGAUACUUUCCGAAUGCACUCUACAAUACUGUUCGUUGCCUUACAUUUGUUUUGGACUUGGGGACUGUGAUGAGACCCCUUGUGGCAUGUCUAGUGGGGUAUGUCUGUCAGAACUGUAUGAUAUUUUCAACAAAGUAACAUUUCUCAUACAAUUUCUCAUACAAACAAGAAGUGAUGACAAGAAGUCAAUCUUUCCUCUACCUUGAGCCAAGAGAAAUGAAUGCAUCUUGUUGAUAUUAGUCCUCUGUGUGAAUGCUGCUCACAUUUAUAUAACCAGGCAAUACUCAAGAUGUGAUAAAACCAGAGCCUGCAGUACUUGUUUGGUUGAAUGUGUUGUUAAAAAAGCAGAGCACGUCUUUAUCAUAGUCAUACUUCUCCCCAUCUUUACAACAACAGAAUCAAUAUGCUUUGACCAUAACAGUUUACCUUCUAAGGUAAAACCAAUAAGUUUAGUCUCCUCUACUUGCUCAACAGCCACAUUACUCAUUAUCAGAUUCAGCUGAGGUCUAGUACUUAUCGAAUUAUUUGUACCAAAUACAAUGCUUGUGGUGUUGGUGCAUGCUUAUUGAUAACUGGAAGAAUGCAUCAAGUGCAGCGUCUGGAUGCUGCUCAUUACAGGUCAUUGUAAAAAAUCAUUUGUUCCCAAUUGACUUACCUGUAUAAAUAAAGGUGAAAUAAAAAAAUGAAAUAAAAAAAUAUCUUCAUAAGAAUCACUACAGAA